AUGGCGAUGCUCAUCGACCGUCUGUUGCGCCUUCGGGGAGUGCCUGCUAAUCGCCUCAGAUUCACGAUGAAUAAAUACUUCAGGAGGAAAACGGCAGAGCCGCCCAGCGCGGCACACCAAGACGCCCUCCACGCCUUAUCCGCGCCGGCGCCGCCGCCUCUCCCUCCGCUUCCACACGAGUCGUCGCAACUGCCGAAGAAGUCCACCAGCAGGUGGAAGAAGAGCAAAAAGAAUGGCGACCACUCGGCGGAUGCGAACGUCGACCUCUCUUUGCCUUCUGUCGAUGACUUCCGCACCAGCUUGUUCAUGCCAGCAUUGAGCGCGCGUUUCAGCAUGCUUAGGGAGCAAGACGACCCGCACUCGAUGCUCGGCAAGGCUAGCGACGACAGUGUGCUUCAGCCGAGAAGGCGCUCCCGUAUGGACAUGGCACUGGCAGGACGUGGACUGGACGACAUUGCCGAGGUGUCGUCCUUGAGGAGUUCAUCGCGCCCUCCCCUUCCCUCUCUGCACCACCAUUCUUUCGCAUCCGAAGACGACUACCCUAGCGAGCGCGAUUCCGUCAGCGUCAUGACUCGUGCGCGUCCCGCCGAAGGGAGUGUCGUGUUUGGAGGCCGCCAGAAGAUUUACAUGAUUCCCAAGGGUGGUGCGUCCAGUCGAAGUCUCGGUCGAGUCGUGAGCGAAGAUGACGUCGCGCACUCCCUCGAUGCUGGAAUGUCUUCCUUCCAGCGCUACCGCGUCCAAAGGACCGUAGAAGAAGUCCGCGAGUCAAAGGACAGUCAUGGAUUCGACUUCGGACUCGAACAUUCGGAAGAUGGCGAGCAAGAUGAGCACCUACCCUCGCGCUCGGCCAAGGACCUCUCACACUCGCCUUCACUCGCGUCUUCCGACAAGAAGCGGUCGACGGACUCCACUGGGCAUUCGGCCGCGCGAUCAUCAACGGCCGCCACGUCAGUAGCCUCACAGCCAGCCACCUUUACCUCUUCGUCUCCUGUCCGGGCGACCUCUGAGAUUGCUUCUGCGGCAACCACGCCUUGUACGAUUCCUUCUCCUGCCCCAGCCCCUUCCACGGCGCCGGCGCCAGCACCCAUCAUGCAGCCACUCAAACGUCAAGACACCAAGACGCGUCGUCUUUACGAGAACGGGCUGGAUCAACACAUGCAUGAGCAACAAAGCUCGGCGAUGAACCGCUUGAACUCCAUUCACCGACAGCGGACUUUCAGCAACAAGCAACCACAGAUGCUGUUGCACGGCACUAAGAGUGCCGGUAAUCUGCGCGAUCGUGUCCAACCGCCCGUCUACGCUCUUCCUGCCCAGGACUCGCCUUCUCUCACUCCCAAUUUUGGCUUGUUUGGAGCAUUGGGCCUAUCCAGUUCCAACGGAACAACUCCGUUAGCAAGUCUUCCGGUCACCCUCCUGACACCGCAGCAUGCGGGGGAUAUCGACGACCUCAACCCACUGUCCCAAGCCUUGGAGCCUGCAGACCGAGGCAAGGCGACCGCAAUGGGGGCUUUCAAUAAACCCAAGCAGUCGUUUGACGAGCAACAAUACGUCGAGCGACAGCGACAACUCCAGCGAUCGGCCUCCACUGCGGCGAUGAGAAAAGACUCUCAUGGUGCACAGGCGACACGAUCACCGCUUUUGGAGACUGCCCCGGAAUUACCCGAAAUCGAUGCAAUGAGCCGGAAGAUGGAGCCCAGCGUCCGACAGCACCAGUUGUCGAGCGCCUACGAUGUUUUCCAGCACGCAGCGCGGCUGUAUACAGAUUCCGAUGCCGCACAGGCGGACCCGUCGAGUGUGCCCGACACACACCGCACCUUCUUCGGAGACAUCAGCGCGAGCGAAGACGAGGAAGAUGAUGACCGCCAACAUGCGGCGCCUUCCAAAUCGCCAAUGCUCGGUAGCCAACAUAGCAAGUGGCAGCCAGCCGUCCUCCCGGCAGUCUCAGAGCAUCCAGCUUUGCGCGCCCAACAACCGAUGAAUAGUCUUGCCGAGACCGAUGAAGAAGAAGCACAAAGUUCCAGCGCACAAGCUACUGAGCCUUCGGCCUCACGUUCGCUGGACCCGCCAACCAUCGCAACUGAAGACGAUGACCUUGAAUCACCUGUCCUUGGUGCGGACGCACCGACGGUGGCUUUGAACGGGCUCAUGCACCAUCUGCGUCAGAAGAGUAAUGUUUCGUCGAUAACGCAGCGCUCCGAUGCCGCUUCUACCAUUGAGACUCCAGCGCCCGCCGAGUUGACGCCACGAAACCUCGAUAUUGUGAACCGGAGAGAUCAAAGCACUAGCGGCACCGAGUCACGUGUAGGUUCCUACGCGAUUUCGAAUCCCUGGGAUCUGGACGAAACCGAUGCCUCGAACCACGACGACCCGCGAUCAAGCCGGCCGCUGGUGAGUCCAAUCGGCAGCGAGCACCUCGGUGGGCGUUUUGGCGACUCGAGCUCUGCAAUCAAUCGCCAUUCGGCUGUGUCAGAGUUGGAGGCGGAAGCCGAGGCCACCGAGGGGGCGCAGAAUGACUCGCACGCACAGCAUACUCGCGACGUCAGUAACGCCACCCAGGAGGAUCGCGAAGCAUUCGAUAAUGAGCUGGCGGCUCGUCGUAAUGCCAUCCAGGAGAACAUCCGGAAGAGCAGAGCUCAACGUGAGAUCAACAGUCGAGGCAUCAGUCCAACACGCAGCUCAAACGCCAAUCUCAAGACCUUUGGAAUGCUUCGAUCGGGGCCUAGCAGGGAGUCGAUGGACAGCAACCGAGUGCCAGAGAUGCCGUCGAACGCCCCCGCAAAGGCCUUGCAGAUUCUGGGUGCCGGUGUUGGUAGUGCUUCCUCGCUCCCUCAAUACCAGGCCGGUGCGAACAGUUCUGACUCCAGCCGCCCACGUGCCGAGUCAGGAUCACGGUCUUCGCCUCCGAGCAUUCAGCCACGUAGCUCGCAGCGAGCUGAGCGGGAAAUGCGGCGCCCGAUGUUCGGACUGCGCACAAGGGAAAACAGUGCGACCGAGCCUUUUCCAUCGGCCGAUCCCUCCCCACCCGCAUCCGUUGAUGGGCGCAGCCGUGCAAAUUCUGUUACUACCCCUACCGGUCAUCCUCGCAGCCGAGGCGGACCAUAUCGCGAUGGCCUGGAGAAAGGGAUGGCAGGCGGGGCGGGGCUGACCGCAGUCUCUGUUCCUGACCUCUCCAAUCUCGGUCCUCGCGAGUUGACGCCGAAUCCAACGCCAGACCUGACCCAGAGUCCAUUCGAGCCGCCGCGAGCACGCAGUGGAAGUCGAGCAGCGAUGACGAGCUACUUCGACACCCACUCUUUGCAGCCGCUCUAUACCGGCUCGAGAGACCGCUACCAUGCCAAUAUGUCAACACCUGCACUCCCCACAGGUCAUUUCAGCCCGUUGACCAGCCCGAUGCCAAGAUCUCCAGCGAGUGCGUAUGCAUCCAAUAUGACGCCCCCGUUAUCCGGAGCGAGUACGCCGCUGCAGUCAGCCUUUUCCGCACCGACGCAGACGGCUCGUCCUUCCAACGGCCGCGCCGGUGGCCCGCUGCGUAAGAAGACCAUCUCGAAGGGAGACAUCUCCGAGCCGACCUUGAUCUCCAGCACGUCGAACAUCGACCUGGUCGAUCUCCCGGAGGGCGCGUCAUUGAGGAACGGAAUGGACGAGCCCCCACCAGUGCCGCCCCUCAAUCCGGCACGCCGGGCGACGAAGAGGAUCCUCAAUUUGGGACGAAAGGAGUCGCAGGAUCACAGCGCGAGCAUCGGCAGCCGCGCAAAGACUCCGGACGCAUUCUCUCGGAAAUCUCCCGAGCUGGAGAUGCCAUCGGCCAUGCCACGCAAACGGAGCGCCACCGUGUCGCCGCAGAAGACGGGCUUGCCUUCGUCCUCUUCGAGACCAGGCUACUCUCCGACCAACGGGUCACCGGAUAGACCUGUUGAGCGUCCGUCACCUGUGCCACCGAUCAACAUGGACGGAGCGAUGUUCUAG